GUGUCUGGGUCUGUGUAUGUGUGUGCGCGGGACGGAUUCCCAUCACAACCAAAAUGGCGGCGGAGCGGACAGCCGGCUCGCUAUUCUGAAACGUCGCACAGCUAACGUUAGACUUAAAAAAAAAAAAAAGGAAAACAAAACAACGCCAAGUACCUCAAGUCGCCUCACCUUCCGCACCGACGGCACUGAAAUGCAACAGCAGCGGUAGGCGACAAGCGGCCGAAGUUGCGUGAGGACGAAUUAGACGUUCACAGACGGUGCAGUCGGUGGGGAUGGGAGAUGAUGGAGGACAAAGGCCCUCGCGUAGCCGACUACUUUGUGGUGGCUGGUCUGACGGAUCCUUCCAUGCCACUGGACCAGGAGAUCCACUUUGAUGACAUCUGCCACAAGACGGCUAAACCCAAGGCGCCCAUCACUGACGUUGCCGUGGUGAUCCGCUCGCUGGGUGAAGAGGUGCCACCAGGAUUCACCUGUAUUGAGACCACUCCCACCGGCCUGUCAGCAGAUCUGAACAAUGGCGGCCUCAUGGCACCCCAGAUCUUCUUGUGUUACAGGCGAGGUCGUGACAAGCCACCGCUCACUGACCUGGGGGUGCUCUAUGAGUGGAAGGAGCGGCUGAAGCAAGGCUGUCACCUCAUCCAAACCACGCCCUGCGGUCGUCCAGCCAACAUUAGCAGCACCUCCUCUCAGCGCAUCUACAUCACCUACCGCCGGGCCCCCGAGAGUCAGCCCCACGCUGCCCUGGCCGUCACUGACAUCUGCAUCAUCAUCCCAGGCAAGGGAGAGACGCCCCCCCACACGUUCUGCAAGGUGGAGAAAAAUCUCAACAGCAGCAUGUGGGGUUCCUCUGUCUACCUGUGUUAUAAGAAGUCUGUGGCCAAAACCAACACAAUAGCCUACAAAGCAGGUUUGUUCAGCAGAUAUCCAGAGGAAGACUAUGAGUCAUUCCCUCUGCCGGAGUCUGUCCCGCUCUUCUGCUUACCCAUGGGUGCCACCAUCGAGUGCUGGCCCGCUCAGACAAAAUACUCUCUCCCUGUAUUCUCCACCUUUGUCCUGACUGGAGCCUCCGGAGAGAAGGUGUAUGGUGCUGCCAUUCAGUUCUAUGAGCCCUAUCCACAGGAGUGUCUGACUGAUAAGCAGCGCUCUCAGCUGGGCUUGCUAGCCCCCGACCCCCACAAACCCUUCUCCAAUGCUACGUCUGCAGCCACCAACAACACCAGUUCCUCCUGCUCAGUCCACACCAACAAGUGUAUCUGCCUGCUCUCCCAUUGGCCCUUCUUUGAUGCUUUCCGCAAGUUCCUCACAUUCCUCUACCGCUACUCCAUCUCCGGACCACAUGCACUGCCCAUUGAGAAGCACAUCUCUCAUUUUAUGCACAAAGUUCCUUUCCCAUCCUCUCAGAGGCCUCGGAUCUUGGUGCAGCUCUCCCCUCACGACAGCCUAAUGUUGAGCCAGCCAGUGUCUUCUCCUCUACCACUGAGCGGUGGUCGGUUCACUACGCUGCUUCAGAACCUCGGACCAGAGAACGCUGUGACCCUGCUAGUGUUUGCUGUGACAGAACAUAAGAUCCUUGUCCACUCCUUACGACCUGCGGUACUGACCAGUGUCACCGAGGCUCUAGUGUCUAUGAUCUUCCCAUUCCACUGGCCUUGUCCAUACAUCCCACUGUGCCCUCUGGCGCUUGCUGACGUGUUGAGUGCACCCUGCCCUUUCAUCGUAGGUGUGGACUCCCGCUACUUUGAUCUGUACGACCCUCCGCCUGAUGUCAGCUGUGUGGACUUGGACACAAAUACCAUCUUCCACAAUGAAGAUAAGCGGGCCCUCACAUGGAAGAUCCUGCCAAAGAAAGCCUGUAAAAACCUAAUGAAUGUGCUGAGCAAUCUAUACCAGCAGUUAGCUGACGGUCAACACCGGCCUGAUGGGCUGCUGGAGCUGAGCAUGAGUGAUUCAUCAGAGCUGAGCUGUGGGAAGAGCCUCCACACACUGGAGCUUGAGAUCCAGGAAGCCUUUUUGCGUUUCAUGGCAGCCAUUUUGAAGGGCUACCGGUCCUUUUUGCGACCCAUCACCCAGGCGCCCUCUGAGAAAGCAACAGACGCUAGCUCGCUUUUUGAUUUGCAAGGUUUCCUAAAAAGCCGUGACCGCUCACACCAGAAGUUCUACUCACUGAUGACCAAAACCCAAAUGUUCAUCCGUUUCAUUGAGGAGUGCUCCUUCGUCAGCGACAAAGAUGCAAGCCUGGCCUUCUUUGAUGACUGUGUGGACAAACUCUACAACUCAGAGCGCAGUGCAGACAAAGGAGGCAAGGUGGACAGCGACAGGCCAGAGGAGACCAGGCUGAUAGAGAUCGAUGAGUCCCAGCGGAGCGAGCACACAGUGUUCAUCACGCCGCCAGAGCUGCCGCCUCUGCCUGAGGGGGAGGAGCAUCCACUGUGUUACAGGUAUGAUGGUUUCCCAGUGCUAAGUCUGGACCUCUUUGACCCUGUGGAGGGUCUGCGGACUCCUUCCACUCGCCUCGCUGCCCGGCACAGCUGUCCCACCAGCCCCGCACCGAUGUUUAGACGCACCAAGCAGGAGAUCAGAUCAGCUCAGAAAAUAGCCAAGAAGUACUCGUCAGUCCCCCAGCUGUGGUCCAAGUGCCUCCUCCGUCACUGCUACGGCCUGUGGUUCAUCUGCCUACCAGCCUACGUCAAGGUGUGCCACUCCAAGGUCCGGGCACUGCGCACCGCCUACGAUGUCCUCAGGAAGAUGCAGGCUAAGAAGCUGCAGCCCCCCGAUGAGGUCUGUUACCGGGUGUUGAUGCAGCUGUGUGGCCAGUAUGGCCAGCCUGUCCUGGCAGUCAGAGUCCUCUUUGAGAUGAAGAAAGCCGGAGUUCAUCCCAACGCCAUCACGUACGGAUACUACAACAAGGCGGUGUUGGAGAGUACAUGGCCCUCCAGUACCAGAGGUGGCUACUUCCUGUGGAUGAAGCUGAGAAACGUGGUUCUUGGUGUGGCCCAGUUCAAACGGGCGCUACGGAGACAUGCUCACCUUACCCACAGCCCGCUAUCAGAUGGCAGUGACCUGGAUGCUGUGAGUCACGGCAGCCUGGAUAGCUCUGCCGACACUAACCCGGCUGAGCAGGGCCCCUACGCCACUGACUCCAUCAAAGUAGACCCCACUGACGAUAGAUCUAGCACAGUCGGCCGUGGGGGCGGCAGCGUGGGUGCCAGGGGCCUGGUGGCCCUCUCACACUGGGGGGGCUCUGAGCUCAGAGAAGCCACCCUCCACCCAGGGGACCAGUCAGAUUUGGGCUAUAACUCACUUUCCAAAGAGGAGGUGCGUAGAGGAGACCCCAGUGCCCAGGACCCUGCCCCUGACAAAGAUGACAAGAAGGAGAGUGACUGCAGCUCUUUGUCAGAGACGGAGAGCACCAAGGGUAGUGGAGACUGCCUCCCUCAGCUGGAUGUGGAGGUGCAAUCCUCUUUCAAGCCCCGGGGCAUCGUCCGAGGCAACUGUUCCUAUGACGACGCAGCCUGUAAGCCUAAGGGCUCUGCCAGCACAGGACAUGUUGCAGGUCUUCUCUUCACCUCCUCCCUGGAGGAAAUUGGAGAAGUCCAGACCAACAGUUUGCUCAGGAGACAUAAGAGUGCUCUGGAGGAGGUGGUGGGCAGUGCCAGUAGUGGCUCGGCCCUUGACUGGCAGGCGGUCCGGGGCCGCCGGCUGAGUGGUGACACAGUGGGCAGCAGUGGCAGUGGCACCACUGUCCUCGGCCUGGGUAUGAGCCAGGGCGAGACCGACCCAGAUAAGAUCGCAGGACACCUGGGUGCUGAUGCCAAGAUUCUGUCCAGUGCCAACUUUAGCAAGACUAAAAGGCCUCAUUCACUGCCCCUGUGUGGGUCAGAGGGGACUUCAGCUAAGGCAGGUGCUACCAGGAGCCAGGGGCAUAAGGAGGAGGAUGAGGAAACAGAGGAAACGGAGGAAAGGGACUCAAGCGAUGAGGAUAAGAGCAAUACAGAAGCUAUUUUUGAUUUGGAAGACCUGGAUAUAGAUGGGCCCACCACGGAAAUUGCAACCAAUUUGGCCAAAGCCAGCCAGCCACGUAAGCCUACUGUUGAACGCAGUGCCAGCUACGGUGGCGUGGGUGCUGCGGCAUCUAGAGGAGCUGUAAAGCGCACAGGCAUUGAGACGGGCUACGACCCCCUAUCCCUGCUUGCAGCCGAGUCUCAGUCUGAGCAGCGUAAUGAAGAUCAAUACAUAGAGGCGGAGGAGGUCAGCACACCGAGUCCCCGCAGACACCUGGCCAGGGAAAUCGAGCUCUACAUGAAUCACAUGGGCAGCCCCCUGAGCAGCCGCACACCCAGCCUGGAUCUGCAGGAGCCGGCCAGCCCACUGCUCCUCCAUCCCUACUCCUCCUCAGUGUCUGCCCCUCGUCGAGCAAGCCUGCCUCACAGCUCCCCCCUCAGGACUCGAGGCGUGCCGCGCUCCCGCACCUACCACCCCCCCUCGCCUUCCCAAACCAUUUCACGCCAACGUCUGUGGUCCUCGCCACCCUGCCGGCGCUCUAGCGCUACUCCCAGUCCCAGCCCUCGACCCAGCCCUUACAGGGAAAGGGCAGAUAGAGACAUGGGCCUGGCCUCACCUUCACCCUCCUCCUCCUCUUUCGCUCUGGAUACUCUGCUCACACCAACCCUGGAUGUGUUCAAGAGCAGCGUGUUCUCUGCUGGAAAGGGUGUUGCAGAGAAGGCAAGUCGCUGGUACUCCCGCCUGGCGACCUACACCACACCUACCAAGGAUGGUAACAGCGACCGUUUGAGUGUGUCAUCCCUGGGCAUUGGUGAUCCAGACUGCUCUUCCCUGUUUGAUGAGGAGGACUGUGGCGAAUCAGACAGUUCCUUAAUCUCUCCCCAGAGGAACGGCUCCAUUGGCCCUCGCAGGAGCCCCAGACGCAGCCCCCUCCGCAGUCGGCUGGACAGCCCCACCAUGGGCUCCAGCCUUGGGAGACCUACACCUCUCCACUCUGGAUGUGUCCUUUCUCCCCCUGGUUUCCCUCUGCCUGACAAGUCUGACCUCGGCUCUUCACGCUACACCAGCAACACCAGCAUCUUCAACAACUAUGCUAUGGAGCUGCUGAUCUCCAGCUGCUCGCGCUGUAAGACGUGUGACUGCCUGGUGUACGACGAGGAGAUCAUGGCUGGCUGGACGGCAGAUGACUCCAACCUCAACACCACCUGCCCCUUCUGUGGAAACCCCUUUCUGCCCUUCCUCAAUGUGGAGAUCAGGGACAUGCGAGGACCCGGGAGGCUUUUCCUGAAGGGCAGCCCGUCGGGAGAGGAGGCGGUGACCUCGUCUUAUUCCACAUCCACAGGUUUGGACACGGGGACAUCCACGCUGUCCACCCCUUGUCCCACCACCACCAUUUCUCCCCCCAGGAUCACUGUCCAGGAGAGCUCAGGGAAUGGAAGGGCCAGGGUGCAGGGUAUCGACAUCCCGACCGAGCGGCGGCAGGGGGCGCUGUCCCCUGGGGCUCCCAUGGUCCGGAGUGUCAGCGCCUUCGGUCCCAUGGAGAACCCUCCUAGACUGAACCACUGUGUGCCCACCUCAGGCAGCCUGCCCAGCCGCCUCAAUGAAACCACUAUCAGUUUAACCCCCACCCCAAUGCAGGAUCCCCUGAGUAUGGACUGGCGCCUCCAUAACCCCGAGCCUGUGACGGUUCCUUACCUGAGCCCCCUGGUGCUGUGGAAGGAGUUGGAGAGCCUGCUGGAGAACGAGGGAGACCCGGUGAUCACAGCAGCCGACAUGGUGGACCAUCACCCCAUCAUCUACUGGAACCUGGUGUGGUACUUCAGACGCCUGGAUCUGCCCAGUAACCUGCCUGGCCUCAUCCUCACCUCUGAGCACUGUAACAGGGGCUCCCAGAUCCCCCGUCACUGGAUGUCAGAAGACAGUAAACACGUGUUAAUCCAGAUCCUGUGGGACAACCUCAAGCUGCACCAGGACCCCAUCCAACCGCUCUACAUCCUGUGGAACACACACAAUGUGGGCUAUCCCCUGUCGCGGCCGGUCCGAGAGGAGGAGAGGCCGUUCACUGAGGACUUGCUGCAGAGCGUGGUGAAGAGCAUCCAAAGGAACGACGUGUCCCGGCCCAUGGCACAGCUCCUCCAGCUGCUGGGACAGACGCUGGGGGUCAAAAGGCAAAGGAGUUUGUACAGAGAUAUCCUGUUUCUGUCCCUGGUGGCUCUGGGAAAAGACAACAUUGAUAUCGAUGCGUUUGACCGUGAAUACAAGAUGGCAUACGACCGCCUCACCCCCAACCUGGUGAAGCUGACCCAUAACUGUGACCGUCCUCCCAGCACGGGGGUCAUGGAGUGUCGCAGGACAUUUGGAGAGCCCUACCUUUGAACGUGAAGAUGUUGUCUCCUCCCAACCACUCCACACGGCUCAGAUGUGGGUUGCUCUCUCCGCCCGAGCUCUUGAAGUCUUUGCUUUAAAACAAGCUCAGGAAAUCUGUUGAAAGACUGAAUGUGUGCGGCGACACCGCAGCGUUUGGUCAAACUCUGUGACCUGUUAAGGAGGAGAGUUGACAGCAGUGACUGCCCUGCCAGUCAGAGGCUAGUGGUAUGAAGCCUGGACCCCACCCGCCCCCCCCUAAAAAAAAAAAAAAAAAGGGAGUUUUACAAGUUUCAUCUCAACUAUGUCACAACAUCUGUUCAUACAGCACCAGUCUUCAUACAUACUGGGUUUCUGUUGAAACCCUGUGCAAAUUGUCAUACAACAAAAAUGUACUGUAUAUACACACCAGUAGGAAUUUUUUAAUGCAACAUUUAUUUUCUCUUGUUUUACAUGUAUGUGUAUAUACAUAUACAUAUAUAUAUAUGUAUAUACAUAUAUAUAUAUAAAGACUAAUUUUAGCAAUAUAUUACUUAACUUGAAUUCUAUUUAUGCAAAUUAAGCUUUAUUUAUUGUAGUUAAUUCUGUUCUUAGACGUUUUGUUUUCAUGGCAGGAGAGUCCAGUGGUGGUCCAGUGUGUUGCAGGCGUGUCCGCUGACUCAGCUCAGGUGUGAUAACCCAUGAUGCAGUUUGCACCUUCACCUGCUGAGUCACCGGGACAUCCCGACCAUGCACAGUCAAAUUUUGUCAAGGUGUGCUGCAGAGUGUUCUUAGUGUCUGUUGUAAACUGACAUGUGUCUGUGCUUUAUCAGUUGGGAUGUUUUUUUUUGUUUUUUUUUUGUAGUCAUUUAAAUGUUUAAAACCAUCUAGAAUAUUUUAGGCUGCCUUCAACUUUAGGCCACUAUCAAAACAUAAAAUGUAAACUGUGCUGCCCAGCCAGCUACAGUAGUACUCAACCUCUUACUUCAUUUAUUUGAAAUGCAGUUUUGUUGAAAAAAAUGUUUUUUGUUUACAAAACUUUAAUUAUUGUAGGACAUGUUAUGAACACUUGUGUUUUUUUAUGUAACAUUCAUCAGUGGAACAAAAUGCUGUUAGUUGUGGUAGUAAAUAUCACUAUUAAUGAUUACUAACAUGUAACUCAUCACACUAAGCACAUGCUGACUCUUGGGAUGAAGGGAGGUUUGCUGACGUGCCCUGUCCAUGGAAACAUGCAGCCACAAUGAAACGAUGUGGCUUCACCUGAGAUCAGAGUUGAAUUCAGUGUUGGAACAGCAGUGAGCCCUCUGUCCCUGUUGCUGAAAAUACAGAGGCAGCUCUGAAACACACACCAGCAGAGUCCACCAUCUCCAACGGGACACAUAGUUUUGGAAGUGUACUUGUUUGGCUGCAGUAGCUGUGAGCAGCUGUUUGCUCUUCUAAACACAGUCGGCCAUCUCAACAUAAUAGCCAUGGUACAUUUCUGUGCUGUUUUUGACUAGAAACAUCAUUCUGCUACUGACCCGUCUGAUUGAUUUGGUGUUUAGAUAACUGCAGCUCAUUAGUUAGUUCACCACACUGUCUGGUUAGCUGACUAUCACUGUCUUGUUAAUUGCACAUCUGAUUUGCACAUGAGCCAAUGGAGUAGAAGCAUGUGUUUUAUGUGGCUAGUUGCUCAGUGUUAACAUUAACAUCGUUUGCGUUCAUUGGCUAACAAAGUUUUCAGCUCUGGCUGUUUUCUAGCCUGGUUGUUAUACGCUGAACCAUGAUGUGUGGGCAGCCACGCCUGCAGUGCAAUGCCACAGGGACGCCAGCUGUAGUUGCUGCUGACGCCACUGCAAAGCCUUAGUUGUCAUCCUGAGGGAUUUUGGUCAUUUAAAAAAAAAAAAAAAAAAAAAAAAAAAAAAAAAACUCAAAUGCUCAAUUGGAAUUGUAUUGUUGAGAAUGUGUUGAAAGCUAAAUUCAUGCGCCUCACACCGCUGGGUGAACCAGCAUGUCUUGUUGAGUCAUACCAGUCAUACUGUUUCAGUCAUACUGUUGAUGCUCAUACUGUUUCAGACAUAAUUUAAGUCCCCAUACCAGUACACUGUCAGCCGAAAAGCUGACUGUAGUGCUGCUUUAACAUUUUUUCUUUGUUACAUGUUGGGUUUGUUUUUAUGUGUUCGAUUUAGUCAGAGAAGUAAAUGAUGCAACGUGCGGUGAGCUCAGUGUGUCCUGUUGUUGUCCGUCACAUAAAAACUGAAUCUGUUCAUCAAACCUGUGCUGACAAAGUCUGAUAAGCUCUGGGUUCUCGUCUUUGUGCAGGCAACAUAGUUUGGUUAAAAUAAAUGAACCACUGAGAGUCAGUCAGAUGUUCUGCUAGCUCGCUGCUCAUGUUGGGUGUUUCCUAACCAGGAUUUGGGCCGUCCACCUCUUGAAGGAUAAGUCCAGUGAUACUAAGGACCGGCAGAACAACUUUUCUGUCAUCUAGCACUUUGAAACAGAUAUCGACAAAAGUGAAGGAUGUGGCAUCUGUCAUCAUCAUCUGACAUGAAGUGUUUUAGGACCUUGCAUGAACACUACGUUUAAUCCCACUGGUCCUUUUAACAUGCUUUACUUAGCUGUGGUUCAACAUUUGGGAUUUGCAGGUGGCACUUUUCUUAAGCCUGUGAUCAUUUCUGUGUUUUGGAACACAAAUCAGUCUUUAUGUUAAUUGUGAUAAACAAUGUUACCCUCCAAGGCAGGGGUGGGUCCAAACAACAAACCCUCCACAACCACACAACUACAGCUUCAGCAGAAAUCUUGACUGUUUGUGUUUUGACCAAAGGCCUGCAACACAAAGUUUUAAAAGGCUUUACUUAUACUUAACCUGUGUGAUUUUAUGAUAUACAUUUUUGUUUGUUUGUUUGUUUUUGUUUUUUGUAUAUCCAGCCUCUGGCUAUACAACAGCUUGAUGGGAAGUCGACCGGCACAUGCAGAUGAACCUGUGAAAAUAAUGUUUGUUUUUUAAGUAAUGGGACCUUGCUGGUAAUUAAAGUGACUGUUAAUGUUUUUCACAUCAGAUGAAUGGUUCAAAUCCCACCAGUGCUGUUUCAGUUCCUGUCGAAGAGUCAUGCAGCUGGAAGUGGCUGCUGGGAUGUAUGAGGUUGAGAUGGCAUAUGCAUUACUUUGUCCUUGCUUUUAGAUAUCUGUGGAAAGGUUGUGAGAAAAAGACAAAUGCAUCAGAGAAGUCGGUCUUGGAGGAGGUUUUCAGGGAAGAUGCAUGGAAUUGUCUGGGUCAGUAACAUCCAGUCAUCUUGUUUCUGCAGUGGGUGUGUAAAUCUUAAACAACAGCUUCAUCUCAACAAAUGUAAAGGGAAAAAAGGAGGUGAUUCCCAUGUCAGUGGCCAGAGGAGCUGUGACAUGACGUUCAGCUUAGCAGCUGUUAUGUUAAGCUGUUACUGUUAUGUCCUCUCAUGUUUCCUCCACGUUUGUGUCUGUUGCUUUAGUUCUUUUCCAUGCAUGUUAGUGCCAGGUUGUCCUGAUCCUCCAGAUCCCAUUGACUUUGAAACAAAUCUAAUUUAGAUAUCCCUCUAAAAUAUAGCUAUCUCAACUUUAUGCUCAUGUGUCUUCCAUCAUCACAUAUGCUAAACUGUGCAUGAGCCACUACUCUUUACGAGGAAAUAUUCUUGUUACCAGGCACAGCAUUAUCUGAUCUCAAGUGUCACGUGUACAAGUUGGUAAAAUGUAACCCAUAACAGUGUCCAGGCUGCAUUUAUUCACACCUUCUUCAAGUGAUUUUAUUCCUGGAAACCAUUUCUAAACAAGAAUUCUCCACCAGCGUAACAUCAGUCAACGUGAUGAACAGUGAUGGAAAAUUAAUCACUGAGUGCUUCAGGACAUUCAGUGUUUAAUUUGAUGUGAGUAAAUGCAGUGAUCAAGCUGUGGAAGAUGGGGAAAAAAACGUGUAAUCUUUCAUUUACAAGUGACAAACAAAUGGCAAAGAAGAAAAAAUAAACCUUUUGAGAGAGAGGAGACAAGCAAACUUUCUAAUCAUCACACUGUCAUCCAAUUUCCAUUUUUCACACAUUGCCAUAGUAACUACACAAUGAGCUGAUUGGAGACACAUUCACACUGAUGGGCGUUUUGAUUCGAGGUCUGACGUUAUGCGACGGCUGAACAUGAGUUUUAAAUGCAUUUGUGUACAUGUGAUAUUUGUAAAGUCCCAAGUAAAUCACCUGUGUAUUAUGAGUCACAAAGGGUCAUUUAAGUUGUAAACUUAAUUUUCAUGUGCAAAUCAGACUGAUACAUAAUGUUUGUGGGGGGAAAAAAAUUACAUGACCAAAAACAGGACUUUGAUAGGAGAUAUUUAAGUGAUGGAACUGAAAGAUGGUGAUGGACUGACAGGCAUGAUGGUUGGUGGAGGACCUCUUUGUAUUGAGGGUCUAAUGAUUGUCAACCACAUGACAGAUAUGUGGCAGCAGCAACCAGUCCUGGAAAGACCUGCAAGUCACUGAACUGAAUGUUUUCACCCUGAAAAUCGACCCAGUGUCCAAAAGAUGACAGGUCAACCAUGACGUCAGCAGCUUGGAGCAGCUGCCAUCCAUCUGUGCAUAUUUGUUGUGUAAAAGAAACUGUACAAAUGAAUGAUUUCAUUGUAUAUGGGGGCAUGUAUAUUUUAAUCUGCCCUUUGUAGAGAUGGCAAUUUGUAAUAGUUUAUUUACACAAGUGCAAAGUUCCGUUAGGUGUGGUGAAGGUACUGCAUAGUGACCACGUCCUUGGGACUGUCUGAUUGUAAAUAAAUUCACUUAUACUGUGA